AUAAAAUAAAAAUAUGUAAUGGUUUUUUUGCCAAUAUCAUAAUUAAUAGCAACUACAUGAGUCAUAUACUACUACGUACCAACAAAAUAAGUUGAUAGCUUAGAUUUCCAUAGUAUAUUAUCAGCAUAAAAAGCAUAAAUUAUUUUUAUAAAUAGCAUCUUUAAAACGGACUGGGGCGGGGUAAAAAUAGAACGGUAGUAAGUAGAGUAGAAACUUUGAGCCGUAGUUCUUGUGGAGUGGUUGUGGUAUAAUGGCACAAGCUGUUACACGUGUAAUUUUACGAUGCGAAACUGCACAAGAGACGGAGGCACUGGAUUUAUCAGAAUGCCAGCUGAUGCAAGUACCAGAUGCAGUAUACCAUUUGAUGCGGCACACGGAACUGAAGAGUUGUGACCUCAGUGGAAAUGUCAUCACUAAGAUACCACCUAAGUUUACUGUUAAAUUUAGUUUAAUCACAGAUUUAAAUCUCUCAAACAACCAAAUGGCAAGGCUACCGGAUGAGCUCUGUACACUGGCAUGUCUAGAGCGGUUGGACAUCUCACACAACAGCUUUGUGUCUCUGCCACAAAUCGCCUGCCAGUGCCCCAGCCUGCACACACUGCUGGCACACCACAAUCAAAUCAUUGAAGUGGAUGUGGACAGAUUAGCUAGAUCAAGAGCUCUCGAGUAUGUAGACCUCAGUGAUAACCCAGUACCUCCAAGAGUGCAAGCAGAAUUAAAGCAGCUUACUCGACCUUCAGUGUCAAUAUCGGAACGAGAAAAAGAAGAUUGGGAAGAAGAUCUCUUGAUAUAACUGAUUAUGGACAGUUUGUGCAGUGAUUGUGAAGGACUGGAGAUAUAUUGUACUUAAUAACUGUGACUAUGCAUUGUCCAACACAUGUAUCAAUACAUAUUGUUAUCCUCCCACACUCCUUGGAAUGACAGAGAAAGCAUUAUAUUUUUAUACAGGUUUUAUGCAGUGGAAACUCACUUUAAGAGUAACCUGGUCCUAUCUCAGCUGUGAUCUAUCAAUGUGUGUGGAAUGUUAGUUUUAUUAAGAGUAUUAUAAAACUCAUUAUAAUAAGGCAUUAAGGUUAUAUGAGAGAUUAACACUGUCCGCUCAAAUACUAUUCUUGUAUUCCUCAAAUGGUACUUAAGGAUACUAAUUUUUUGGUAUCAUGACAAUUAUGUUAAGAUGUUUUUGUUGUAUUAAAAACUAGUCGAAUCGUACAUAACAUAAAUAAUUAUUUUUAGACAAUUUUUGUAUUUAGUCGCUGCUGAUUAUAUUUUCUAGAAAACAUGAAAAACUAUAUUGUAUUUUUUUUACGAAAUGACCUACAAACUUUUACUGACAAAAACAAAGAAUGAUAAUUAAAAAGUGAAACAAUGAACUAUGUGAAAUAUUUUUUACUGAUUUUUCUCAAUUAA